ACGUGCCCUUAUUUGAGAGCGCCUGGCGUACAUUUCUUUCCCUUCUCGCCACUCCAGCAGCGCCCAUGUAAGCCGGGCACAUAAUCAGUGUGCCAUAAAGCAGUAGAUGCUCCUUAUCGCGGUGACCCGACAGGUUCACGUUAGUUCACAGGGUUCAUCUGAGGAGAGGUCUCGGCCCCUCCUGUUCCCCCGAGACCCGGAGCGGAGCGAAACCUAAAUGUUAUACAUUUCUGUAUUAAUAACGGAUUUUCAUUCGCAGUCACCAGAGCCGACGAAAAGGUACACAGGGAGUUGUUACUUCACUCCCUUUUACAAUGGGAAGUCCAGAUAGCUGAAAAUUUCACCAAUUUCUGGUUCAUCACGGCUGGCUGAUGACACCUCAACUCCAUACAAUUCCAGUAUUCGUUUCUAACACUUCAUUCAUCUCUACAAUCCAAAACUAUGGCCAGCAAGAGGAAAUCCUCCGUUCCUUGUAUGAUUCCAUCAAAAAGCAAGCACAUGCGGGAGGACAUCAUACUAGGAUGCUUACCUGAGCUCCUGCCCACAAUACCCGAAGACAGCAUCCUCAGUAUCUCUUCAAAAGAUGAGGAAACACAACGAUUCCAUGAUUUCUCGAAAGCUGAACCGAAGACUUCAUGCUGGGAAAGGGGAACAUACAGCUGCCCUCUGUGCUGCUUUGAGUCCGGAGACUUGAACCUGUUUCUUCAACAUAUGGACAACUGUCACAUGGACUUUCAUGCUCAACCAAAAUUCUACUGCCUGUCUUGCAAGGUCUCAGCUGUGAAGUUUGAAGGUCUUGCUUUACAUAACGCAAAAUCACAUCCUGAACUCCAUUCAGUGCACAAAAGAGUAUCCUUGCAGGUUACCAAACGAGAUGGGGCUAUCACAGUGGAGCAAACCCUGUUUACAGAAGAGGAUGAAUCCGGAAUAUCCAUUACCAAGACACCCAUAAUGAAAAUGACCAAAGGGGGGCACAAAAAAAUUGUUGUCUCCCAUACCGUUGAGGUACAACAGGCUGAGCCUUUCAGCAACAAGCCUGCGACUGUAACCAAUGGCACUUCAGUAAGGACCUUACCCCUAACAACAUCCUCACAUAUCAUUGGUAGCAUUAGUGCAUCUCCGGUCCAUAAAAUCCACAACACACUUGGUAUACCAGGGAUGCAUAACCGUGGUCCUCUGUGGAACUCUAAUCUGUCACCGCCUGAUUCAAAUGCUGAUCUCCCAAAGGUCAUGAUCCCUCUAAGUAGCAUCCCCACCUAUGAUCCAGCCAUGGAUUUAAGCAGUUUUCUUAAGACAUCUUUUGGUAAGUUCCCUUACCCUACCAAAGCAGAGCUCUGUUAUUUGACCGUGGUCUCUGGCUUCCCAGAGGAGCAGAUCAAGCUCUGGUUCACGGCCCAAAGGCUGAAACAAGGGAUCAGCUGGUCUCCUGAGGAGAUUGAGGACACACGUAGAAAGAUGUUCAACACUGUAUUCCAAGCCACACCAAAAACAUCACGGAAUCAGUCACAUCACCCCAUUUCCCAACACAGUGUUUCUGUCCAGUCUGCCUCUUUGAUUUCUAACUCUACACAACAGAUACCAAAGGGAAGUGUAAUGGGUUGGAAAGGAGGGGUCAUAGUCAGCCAGCCUAGUGUGACCCAGGCCACAUCCCUUAAGCAGCAGCAGCAGGCAGUGGUCCAGAACCCACAGGUAAAUAUACAUCAUGCUGUCAUCACUAAGGAAACUGGAAAAGAAUUAUCUUGUCGGAUAGCUGAGAACUGCAAUAUUGCAGGCAGAGGAGGUAGCGUUAGCAAUCAUGGACACACUGGAAAAGGAUGCAGCUCGUCCAUCAAGACUAGUGUAAGCUGCUUGCCUGGCAUUCCCCAGAGUCAAAACAGCAGUUACACUGAGGGCAGCAUUAUGACUCUGACGAACAUAGUCAGGAAAAUUGACUGUCAUGUCAAUGACAGGAACGCAAAUUGCACCAGCAAAUCUAACAUCAGUCCAACUUCCAUUUAUGGGCAACAGAAAGCAUCCAGUAAUGCAAAAGAAAACAGCAACAGCAGCUUUGCCACCACCAGCAAGUAUAACAACGGAAGCACUUAUAAAAUCACCAGCCACAGUACUAUUUGCACUAAAAGGGAGGGAAACAUCUUAGACCACACCAGCAAAAGCAACACUGACACUAGUGUCAUUUGUAGCAGCAGCAGCAUACAAACUGAAGAGUUGGUCCCACAGCCUGGAGGU